CGCACCACGAACCACGUAUAUUCUUAUAAAACAAAGUCCUAUACUUCUAUCUUAUAUUUUUAUCGUUGUGUGUUGUUUUGCCUAUUAGUGAACAAGAAAGCCCGAAAGUGCCAAAGUGUUUUUAAUAACUAUUUAUAUCCACAAAACUAUAAAUAAUUAUAAAAUCCAUUUAAUCGAAAUACCCUUUCAAAAUUUAUAGAACACACAUAAAUUAAAAGGAAAGUGAAACAUUGACGUCAUACAAAACAAUAUGCGUAUGGUUAAUUAAUAUUUCGUAACCGAGACGUACAAAAAAAAACCCUGACGCAAACCAUUAUAAAGUUUUUGUUCUUUCAAACAAUUAAUAAAAAUCCUCACAAUUCUUUGGCCAUUUUAAAUUAUCUAUACGGACGGAGGUAUAAAAAGGUGAUCUGCCGGAUGAGUUACGGGAACGCUUUCAUCAUGCCUUCUCGUUCUUUGUUUUACAUUGGGUCAAAAUGCAAGAAAAUGCGUUUCGGAAUAUCUAUAAUCUUCUGCAGGAUGGUGGUGACUGUCUGGCAACAUUCGUAGGGCAGGCAGUCUUCUACGACGCAAUAAGAGAACUGGCCAAAAGAAAAAAAUGGAAGACAUGGCUUAAGGAUGCGGAAAAAAUUAUCUCACCUUACCACGACAGCUCGAAUCCCGAGCAGCAACUGAGAGAAAUGUUAGAUAAAAUCGGAUUUUCAUAUAUUGAAAUACAGUACAAACGUCUUUCUUUUGAGUAUGAAAGUUCCGAACUAUUUCAGGAAGCGAUAAAGGCCUUAACUCCAUUCAAGAUCCCUGCAGAUAUAUUCGACGAAUUUUUGACUGAACUUUUUGAAGAAAUGCAAAGAAUUGAUUUUGAAGUUUACAAAUAUAAAAAGUCUACUAGUGAUUGGAUUCAUAACUUUAACGUGUUUGUUCUAUAUAUUAAAAAAUAAUGUAUAUGUG